AUGGAUGACGAUUGGCUAUUGCUUCUCCAAUCUCCGGUCUCAGAACUAGCGUUUUCCUUCCGUGGAUGGAUUUUAUCUCCUAUAGCGACACCAAAGCCUUUAGGUUCAACACAAAAUGUCCAGCUAUUCAAGUCAUCAAACUUACCACCUCUUUCUUCAAUCUUCACCUCGCCCCAAGUCAAUCCACGAAAGGAAUCUAAAUCCACAAUCAGGGAUGUUAAGCUUUCUCAAGAAGAACUCAAUCCUAACUGCCAAAGGAACCAGAUGGGGACUUUUAGCUGCAUUGAACUGUCUGGAUCUGCAGCACUUGCUUCAGAAAAUUGUAGUCCUUCUGAGGAUGCAACAAAUUGGCCAAGUAAAUGGCUCCAAUCCACCCUGUUUGGUAGUGAAACUUUAGGAGAUGCCAAGAAACAAGAUACUGAUGACAAAACAAAUCAUACUGCAGAUGUGGAACAGGAGAAUGAGCUGGCCAAACAGGAUAGAAAUGAUUUAGCGCCAUGCAGUUUAAACCACUUGAUCACACAUUGUGGUACUGGUAAUAGUGUCAUAUCAAUAUCAGAUCUGGCCUUAGAAGCACAACAACGGAGUUGGAAAUUAAGAGGUGAUAAUAUCAUAUCUAGCACAUCCAUCCUGGCAGUGGAUCAAGGAAAUUUGGAGGAUUCACGAAGAGAACAUUUUGUUGAGCCAUUUGGAUCUUAUAUCCAGAGUGCUGCUGAUGACACUCAUGUUUACUGUGCUGAUGCAGCAGCAGGUGUUGCAACGAAUCAUGACCAAGAAAUGCUCCCUGCUGUUAUUCAAAACCAGUUGGUUUCAAAUGACUAUAAUUUUUACACAUUCAAAGUUUCCAUUGAUGGCACGGCCAUAUCACAGCAGCAAUGUGGUAUGCAUAGGCGUAACCUUUUUAACGACAAGGUAGGGCCAUCUAAUAAGAGAGUGCAAAAUAUCUCAAAUAUUCAUCAUGCGAAUACAUGUGGCAAUAACUAUCUGAAGCCUGUGAAGCCUGGUAUUGGUUUGCAUCUGAAUACUGUUGCCUUGAAUUUAUCCAACAUGCCGCUCACAAUUAAUCCUCCACUGCUACCUGAACAAACUAGUCCAGCAACAGUAAUUUCUGGCAGUGAGACCGCCUUUAUGGCAGUGAGCAGAUACUUAUUUGUUCAAGGCUUUAAGACUACUGACUUUCUAGUUAUUGUGCAUGUUUCGCUGCUAAAGUCUAUCGUUCAGAAUUCUGCUCAUGUCAAGGCUGUUCCAAUAAUCAUAUGCAUGAGGAAGCAGUUUCUCAUAUUCGCAAGCAGACUGAAUCUCGUAAAUCCUCUAGCAUUUGCUCCAACAGUCACUUUCACAUGUGGGCCUGUUUCAGAAUUUGGGAGUGGUGUAGGGUGCUCCAUAAGUUGCCGAUGCGAGAGUUGUAAGAACUCUUUUGGAAAAAGAGAGGGUGUGCUGUUGUUAACUACUGAAAAACUGAAGAAAGGGGGUAAAGCAAAAGGCAGUCAUGGGAAGGAAGAGAAACUUGCGUUUGACAAACACCAUGUGAUUAGCCAAUCUGGUGAUCUUGCAGCCUCUGAGAAUCUACUCGCAACACCUUCGCUUGAGCCUUACAGUCUAGCUGAUCCCUUCGGGUACCCUGGAUCCUGGAAGAUGAUUUUGCCUGCUUUUGUUCUGACGAAGAGUUGA